UCGGCUGAUGAGUAGCUGUCAAAAAGUAUUUUUUCAUCAGACCACCUCGACGUGAAUCUCGUUCGAUUCCGAUAAUUAUUUCUAGUUUUCUACCAAAAAUUGCGAUCAUUUGCUGCUGAAUUGUGUGAAUAAUUGUGUAGGAACGACAUGGCAGAGCUGCUCAUCGAUCCCAACAUCCGCGGCUGGGUGUUUCUGCCCAUAGUGGUGAUCACCUUUCUGGUCGGUAUCAUUCGUCACUACUUCUCGAUAUUGAUUUCCUCCCAGAAGAAGGUCGAACUCACGCAGAUUCAGGACAGUCAGGCCAUGAUUCGAGCACGGCUCCUCCGCGAGAAUGGCAAAUACCUAACUCCGCAGUCAUUCGCCAUGAGACGGCACUACUUCAACAACGAGGAGACAGGUUACUUCAAAACGCAGAAACGGGCACCGCCCAGUCCCAACUCGACGGCGAUGUUGUCCGACAUGGUCAAGGGUAACUUCAUCAACGUGCUGCCCAUGAUCGUCAUCGGAGGGUGGAUCAACUGGAUGUUCUCCGGAUUCGUGACGACGAAGGUACCGUUCCCGUUGACGCUGCGCUUCAAGCCCAUGUUGCAGCGGGGUAUCGAGCUGGCCUCGCUGGAUGCCGCAUGGGUGUCGUCCGCUUCGUGGUACUUCUUGAACGUGUUCGGCCUGAGGAGUAUCUACACGCUGGUGCUGGGAGAGAAUAAUGCUGCGGACCAGACGCAAACCAUGCAAGAUCAGAUGUCGGGAGCAGCCGUGGCCAUGCCUCAGGAUCCCAAGGCCGCCUUCAAGGCCGAAUGGGAAGCGCUGGAGAUCACCGAGUACCAGAAUGCUCUGGCGAACAUAGAAACGGACAUGCUUAUGGCUGCCAGCGGCCCAUCGGAUGCCGUUUAUCACGGUCGCGAAGAUAGUGCCCUGAAAAACUAAAAUGGACAUCAUCAACAUUGUCUCGCGAGAAUCCACAAAAGAAAAUUGUUAUUUUAUCUACUAGCGAAAGUUUUACAUUUGGUAUCAUUCAAUGUGCAUAAAAUUAAAUAGUGUAAUAAGUAUCGCAGAUAUUUAUUUUAAACAUUGCGUUUGUGUGUCAGAAUAGCCUUUUUCCUUCAAAGAAAACGGCAUUUUGUGAACGAGAAUAUUUAGUUAGUCUAAUGGAAAAAAGUCCGAAAGACUAUAAUAUUGUAUGCGAUAGUUCAUUGCAUGGGCGAAAUAAAUAAUUUUCAUGAGGCAACUCCAUAGCAAA